AUGUCUAAGUAAUGUGAAUUCAAGAUAGGAAAUAUAGUGGAUCCAAAAUUAUGGGCUAAUCCUCGAACAAUGAGUAGUUAGUAAUUAUAAUCAUUUACUUCUUUGGAAAUGGUGAGAUUGAAUUACACAUUUAAGACAUUAAAGAAAUCUUUACCUUAUAUAGUAGGUGUAAUUAGUGGAUGUUUAAUAACAAAGUUUGUAGUAGAUGGUUUGGUGUAAGGAUUUAUAUUUGGUGAGAAUGAUAUUGAAUAAAAUUUGAUAAUUAGGAAAUGGUGGAAGAUUAUUGGAAAUGAAAACAUAUCAUAAUAUUGUUGAUUAUACUUACAAUAGAUAAUUUUAGAGAAUGAGAUAUUUGACAGAAUUACCACCUGGUAAUAAUUUAAACAGUAUGGUUCAAUAGGAGAUGAUUCUCUUGUUACAACUAGUGAUUAUUUAUUACAUGAUUUGGAGUAAGUAAUCAAUAAUUUGGAAUAUAACAUAAUGUUGUAAAGAGAGUACCA